UGGCUGGCGUGCCGCAUCCACGAGAUACAGAUACAUCUCUCAGACUGCGUGCGAUCCUCGAACGAAACGGUUGUAAGUGCGGAGCGCGACGACGUGUUAUUCGUAUUUCCGACUACUGGCACUCUCUGUGUGUGGUAUACUAACAAGAUAGAUAUCACAGAACUCGUGGAAAAGCUAAGAUAUUGUACCUCACGGAUGCGAGGCGAAGUUCAUGGAUUAAAUGCCAGGCAACAACAAAAGCCAGCCAACCAGCCAGUGUUUGUGUGUGUGCGUCGCCAAGUGCAAAGUAAAGUAAAGGUAAAAGAGCGAAAGGCGAGAGAGAAAACCGAAUACGUGAGUUGUCCGUCUGCCGCUUUUCCAUGUGUAAAUGAUGUGUGAAAUUUCUGUCAAAUUCCCCUGAGAAAUUGUGCCCAAGAUAAAACCCGAAAACCGCGUUUUAAUCGUCAAAAAAACCCAGCAAAAGCGAAGCCAGCAAUCACAACAAAACCAAACAACACAACGAGAGCUCAGAUACACAGCGUGCUCAGCGAGUGAGCGCGAGAGCGCGGGAGAGAGCGUCUCUUCAUUAAAGAAUACAAAAUAAUUAAAAAUAAAAAUGCGGAGUGCGGUGCAAAAUGCAGCCAAACAAAAUACGAGAUUCCAAUAACAAUUAAUCGAACCGAAAGUCCACGAACAAUCCGUUCACGGCCUCCCAAGUCUCAGUUCCCGGACGCAGACAAACGGCAGGCACUGUAGAAAGACCGAUCCCACAGCACACUCCCAUCUGCACAUCUCCGCCACGCGAUUCCGACCGGAAUCCGGCUAUAAACAUAACCAUAAUGGACCGCGACAGCCUCCCACGCGUUCCGGACACACACGGCGAUGUGGUCGAUGAGAAAUUAUUCUCGGAUCUUUACAUACGCACCAGCUGGGUGGACGCCCAAGUGGCGCUCGAUCAGAUAGAUAAGGGCAAGGCGCGUGGCAGCCGCACGGCGAUCUAUCUGCGAUCAGUAUUCCAGUCCCACCUCGAAACCCUCGGCAGCUCCGUGCAGAAGCACGCGGGCAAGGUGCUGUUCGUGGCGAUCCUGGUGCUGAGCACCUUCUGCGUCGGCCUGAAGAGCGCCCAGAUACACUCCAAGGUGCACCAGCUGUGGAUCCAGGAGGGCGGCCGGCUGGAGGCGGAGCUGGCCUACACGCAGAAGACGAUCGGCGAGGACGAGUCGGCCACGCACCAGCUGCUCAUCCAGACGACCCACGACCCGAACGCCUCCGUCCUGCAUCCGCAGGCGCUGCUGGCCCACCUGGAGGUCCUGGUCAAGGCCACCGCCGUCAAGGUGCACCUCUACGACACCGAGUGGGGGCUGCGCGACAUGUGCAACAUGCCGAGCACGCCCUCCUUCGAGGGCAUCUACUACAUCGAGCAGAUCCUGCGCCACCUCAUCCCGUGCUCGAUCAUCACGCCGCUGGACUGUUUCUGGGAGGGAAGCCAGCUUCUGGGCCCGGAAUCGGCGGUCGUCAUACCAGGCCUCAACCAACGACUCCUGUGGACCACGCUGAACCCCGCCUCUGUGAUGCAGUACAUGAAGCAGAAGAUGUCCGAGGAGAAGAUCAGCUUCGACUUCGAGACCGUGGAGCAGUACAUGAAGCGGGCGGCCAUUGGCAGCGGCUACAUGGAGAAGCCCUGCCUGAACCCGCUGAAUCCCAACUGCCCGGACACGGCGCCGAACAAGAACAGCACCCAGCCGCCGGACGUGGGAGCCAUCCUGUCCGGAGGCUGCUACGGAUAUGCGGCGAAGCACAUGCACUGGCCGGAGGAGCUGAUUGUGGGCGGAGCGAAGAGGAACCGCAGCGGUCACCUGAGGAAGGCCCAGGCCCUGCAGUCGGUGGUGCAGCUGAUGACCGAGAAGGAAAUGUACGACCAGUGGCAGGACAACUACAAGGUGCACCACCUCGGUUGGACGCAGGAGAAGGCCGCGGAGGUGCUGAACGCCUGGCAGCGCAACUUCUCCCGGGAGGUGGAACAGCUGCUGCGCAAGCAGUCGAGAAUCGCCACCAACUACGACAUCUACGUGUUCAGCUCGGCUGCCCUGGACGACAUCCUGGCCAAGUUUUCCCAUCCCAGCGCCUUGUCCAUUGUCAUUGGCGUGGCCGUCACCGUUCUGUAUGCCUUCUGCACGCUCCUCCGCUGGAGGGAUCCCGUCCGUGGCCAGAGCAGCGUGGGCGUGGCCGGAGUGCUGCUCAUGUGCUUCAGUACCGCCGCUGGCUUGGGCUUGUCAGCCCUGCUUGGAAUCGUUUUCAACGCCGCCAGCACCCAGGUGGUUCCGUUCUUGGCGCUGGGCCUGGGCGUGGAUCACAUCUUCAUGCUGACCGCUGCCUAUGCGGAGAGCAAUCGGCGGGAGCAGACCAAGCUGAUCCUCAAGAAAGUGGGGCCGAGCAUCCUGUUCAGUGCCUGCAGCACGGCAGGAUCCUUCUUUGCGGCCGCCUUUAUUCCGGUGCCGGCUCUGAAGGUGUUCUGCCUGCAGGCAGCCAUCGUGAUGUGCUCCAAUUUGGCGGCGGCUCUGCUGGUGUUUCCGGCCAUGAUUUCGCUGGAUCUGCGAAGGCGCACCGCCGGCAGGGCGGACAUCUUCUGCUGCUGUUUCCCGGUGUGGAAGGAACAGCCGAAGGUGGCUCCUCCGGUGCUGCCGCUGAACAACAACAACGGACGUGGCGCCCGGCAUCCGAAGAGCUGUAACAACAACCGGGUGCCGCUGCCCGCCCAGAAUCCUCUGCUGGAACAGAGGGCAGUCAGCCCUGGCAGCAGUCCUUCCCUGGCCUCCUUCUCCUUGGCCAACUUCGCCUUCCAGCACUACACACCCUUCCUCAUGCGCAGCUGGGUGAAGUUCCUGACCGUCAUGGGUUUCCUGGCGGCCCUCAUAUCCAGCUUGUAUGCCUCCACGCGCCUCCAGGAUGGCCUGGACAUCAUUGACCUGGUGCCCAAGGACAGCAACGAGCACAAGUUCCUGGAUGCCCAAACCCGACUCUUCGGCUUCUACAGCAUGUACGCGGUCACCCAGGGCAAUUUCGAGUAUCCCACCCAGCAGCAGUUGCUGCGGGAUUACCAUGAUUCCUUCGUGCGGGUGCCGCAUGUGAUCAAGAACGACAACGGCGGACUGCCGGACUUCUGGCUGCUGCUGUUCAGCGAGUGGCUGGGUAAUCUGCAGAAGAUAUUCGACGAGGAGUACCGCGACGGGCGGCUGACCAAGGAGUGCUGGUUCCCCAACGCCAGCAGCGACGCCAUCCUGGCCUACAAGCUCAUCGUGCAAACCGGCCAUGUGGACAACCCCGUGGACAAGGAGCUGGUUCUGACCAACCGCCUGGUCAACAGCGAUGGCAUCAUCAACCAACGCGCCUUCUACAACUAUCUGUCGGCAUGGGCCACCAACGAUGUCUUCGCCUACGGAGCCUCUCAGGGCAAAUUGUAUCCGGAACCGCGCCAGUAUUUUCACCAACCCAACGAGUACGAUCUUAAGAUACCCAAGAGUCUGCCAUUGGUCUACGCUCAGAUGCCCUUCUACCUGCACGGACUAACAGAUACCUCGCAGAUCAAGACCCUGAUAGGUCAUAUUCGCGACCUGAGCGUCAAGUACGAGGGCUUUGGCCUGCCCAACUAUCCAUCGGGCAUUCCCUUCAUCUUCUGGGAGCAGUACAUGACCCUGCGCUCCUCACUGGCCAUGAUCCUGGCCUGCGUGCUCCUCGCCGCCCUGGUACUGGUCUCCCUGCUCCUGCUCUCUGUGUGGGCCGCCCUUCUGGUGAUCCUCAGCGUUCUGGCCUCGCUGGCCCAGAUCUUCGGCGCCAUGACUCUGCUGGGCAUCAAGCUGUCGGCCAUUCCGGCAGUCAUACUCAUCCUCAGCGUGGGCAUGAUGCUGUGCUUCAACGUGCUGAUAUCACUGGGCUUCAUGACAUCCGUGGGCAACCGACAGCGCCGCGUCCAGCUGAGCAUGCAGAUGUCCCUGGGACCGCUGGUCCAUGGAAUGCUGACCUCCGGAGUGGCCGUGUUCAUGCUCUCCACCUCGCCCUUUGAGUUUGUGAUCCGGCACUUCUGCUGGCUUCUGCUGGUUGUCUUGUGCGUGGGCGCCUGCAACAGCCUGUUGGUGUUCCCCAUCCUCCUGAGCAUGGUGGGACCGGAGGCGGAACUGGUGCCGCUGGAGCAUCCAGACCGCAUAUCCACGCCCUCUCCGCUGCCCGUGCGAAGCAGCAAGAGAUCGGGCAAAUCCUACGUGGUGCAGGGCUCGCGGUCCUCGCGAGGCAGCUGCCAGAAGUCGCAUCACCACCACCACAAGGACCUGAAUGAUCCUUCGCUGACGACGAUCACCGAGGAGCCGCAGUCCUGGAAGUCCAGCAACUCCUCCAUCCAGAUGCCCAACGAUUGGAGCUACCAGCCGCGCGAACCGCGCCCCGCCCCCUAUGCGGCUCCGCCCCCCGCCUACCACAAGGCCGCCGCCCAGCAGCACCACCAGCACCAGGGCCCGCCCCUCACGCCGCCGCCCCCCUUCCCGGCGGCCUACCCGCCGGAGCUGCAGAGCAUCGUUGUGCAGCCGGAGGUGACGGUGGAGACGACGCACUCGGACAGCAACACCACCAAGGUGACGGCCACGGCCAACAUCAAGGUGGAGCUGGCCAUGCCCGGCAGGGCGGUGCGCAGCUACAACUUUACGAGUUAGCACUAGCACUAGUUCCUGUAGCUAUUAGGCCGUAUCCGUAGACCUUAGCCUAAGCCGUAACCCUACUUGUGUAGUUGUAUCUGUGUAAUCGAUUGUCCAGCGGGUUUGUGGAUGAUUUCGUCUUCAUGGAUGUGGGGCAGGCACCUGCUCAAAGUGCAUGGUGAUUGCCAAACUAUUUCGUAAUUUGUAUUUUUGUAUUUGAAAUUUUUGAAAAGCUCAGCAGAAGUGUAUACAAAAUCAUAAGUCGACUUACAGAUAUCCAUGAAGAGUGAAAAGCGAGACAGACCUGUGCGUAUGUAUAUGUGUAUGCAUGUUAGUUAAUUUCCCGAAGUCCGGUAUUUGUAGCAGCUGCCUUCCCCGCCCCCUCCCCUGAAAUGCACACCCUGCGCGCCACGCCCCGCCGCCCCGCCGCCCCUCUGCCUAGCAGCUUUGUAUGUAUGUAUGCUAGCACCUAAGGAAUACUUAAACUUAGAGAUAUUUAUUGUAACACACGCCACAC